CUCUCUCACAUCUCUCUCUCUCUCUCUCUCUCUCUCCUGGCCUCUCUUCCUUCCGCGGGGAGACCUCAGACUCAAGAGAACCAGGAAGGAGGCGAGUGGCAUCAGUCAAGCCAUCAACCAAUCUUCCCCCUCCCUCCCAAAGCUACCCGUCUUCUCCACCGCACCCGGCGCAGAGGGCCUGACGCCAAGAGGUAUUCAUGUAAUUUCUCGUCGCCCGGUCUCGGCAACUUCGGCGAGAGGUUCGGGGGCGGAGACCGAAAGCUGCGAUCUUGGCGCCGUUCGUGCGGUCAGGACUGAAGGGCUACAUAGAGUUGGGCACAACUGUCUGAGUGACUUGAUCGCCGGAAAUGGUGUUAGUGGUGAAGCAAUACCGCUGCACGCACUCUAUGAGCUGUGUUUGCCUCAAGGGACACGUCAGUGAGGAUGCAAUGUUCCUCGUGUUCCGCCACAUGAACUGGAACCCGAAGAUGAUUGCUCUCUUCUCCUGCACGUGCAAGUGGUUUGACGAAAUCGCGAAGCGGGUGCUCUGGAAGGAGUUUUGCCAUGCCAGGGCACCGAAGAUGAUGCAGGAUUUGCACUCCAGUGGAAGCCAUAUUGUUGAUGGCAACUGGAAGGCGCUAGGGAAGCUUCUUAUCUAUUGCUCAGGGUGCAGUAGGGGUGGGCUGUUUGGUAACACCCAUGUACCAGGGCACUUUGUCUACAGGACCCGUUUUUCGAGGACAUUGGGAAAGAGCCUAUUGCCUCCACAGUGCAGGACGGAUGUGUUGUAUGUCUCGGAUUCUUGCGAACAUCUGGACCAGGACGAGGAAGGUGACUUGGGUUUCUUCCGGGGUAUCUUCAAGUCAUUUGCUAUGUCAAAGAUCAAAAAGAUGUUGAUUGAGAAGCAGGUAAAGUUCCAUUCGAAGGAGGUGUGUCCUUAUUGUAAAGCAAAGCUAUGGAACAUGAUGCAAGCAGAUAUGAUACCGAGAAGUGCUUCCGUGAGGUUGGAUGCUUAUGAUGAUUCUGUUGAAUACUAUAUAUGCCUUAAUGGUCACAUCCUUGGUCUGUGCACUCUGAUGCCCGUCUCAGAUUCUGAGGACGCAAAGGAGGAGUGAUCAUCAAGACUUGAGUCAGUUUGUACUUGAGACUUUUGAUGCUGAAGUUUCCCUUAGGAGCUCAGUGAUACUUGAGCUUUCAUACAGUUGAGUCCCUGAUAAACUACCAUGUUGUACAGACACAGGACUACAGCAGUUCCGUAAUCAUGAAAGAAAAGGUAGAUUAGCUGUAUGUAUUUGUGUUGGAAUUUUGGACUUGACCCCCAGUUCUUAAUUUCUGGCAUUGACAAAAGUUAUGUUUAGGUUGACAGUCUUUAGUUCCUCAUGGGACACCUUGCUCUUUCUUUAAUAUAUCUGACAUGUUGAAGAUAAUGGACAAGUUUAUCAUCUUACUGCUCUACAAUAAAAGUAGAAGAUGAUAAUCUUUUUCCUCCAUAGCAUCACACGCUACGCUUGCAUGUUGAUACUUCAUUGUACAAAUGUAAUGUGUUUCAUCACACUGACAGUCGAAUUGCUAUUCCUCUCGAUUACCCUACUGGAUUUAUAUGGUGCACUGAAAAACUCAAAACCAUGUCUAUCUUGUGUAUUCCUGAACUCCCAAAAAGUUAGAUAUAUUACCUUAUCAUGAUCUUUUACGUUACAUAGUUGCAUCUCCCUUUUGGUUCCACGUGUUUCUUAUUUAAGCUAGUUGAACUUAUCGAAUGUAUGUUCAAUCUUGCACUUAAAAUGGUUUGAUUCAUAUUCCAUAACGAAAUGGAUGAUAGCUUGAUUUGAGCCCAAGUUCCAGUUGUCAGGAAUGAUGUAUUUAAUGUUGACUGUCCAGAAAAUUUUAAUUUGAGUCUUUAGAUUCGUCCAGUUUCAAUUAUUUAGGUCACCUAUUGCCCAGGAAAUAUUUGAUUUGAACCUUUUGGUUCCAGCUGUAGUACCUUGAAAAAGCAGAUGCACAUGCUUUGGGCAGCGACCUGCAAUAAGAGCGUGAAGCAACAACAACAACAAUAAGAGCGUGAAGCAUAUAGAUAAAAUAGAAGAAAUGCUUGCACUCAUACAUCUUUGGGGCUGUUUGCGACCUACUCUUUCUGUCAUAUAAAGCUAUGUUCGAAACUGUGCUUCGUUGAGGAAAUUUUGUCUCGUAGUUUAGUAGGGAAAUCUGUAUUAUGAGUAAUUCAGGGAAACGCUUAGGAAAUAAUCGUAUCUAAGUUAACUAAUGUUAUAUGCAUGAUUAUUGCUGCAUUCUUGCUCGUUUAAUUUUAGUGAAUUUUAGUACAGCUUAGAUGUUUUAGUAUUCCCUAGAACUCCUUGGUAGGUUUGAUAAGUAUUAUCUAGUAAAUGUUUCCUUAAAUACAUUUAUGCCUAUUGGAUUUGGAUUGGACAGUAGCAGUAAAAUUAGGUGAUGUGGCACUCUCUAAUGCCUUCUUUUGAACUCUGCUUUCGUAUAAAGGUAUAAGAUUUUAGUCAAAACUCAAAUCAGUGUUAAGCAAAAGGAAAGAGAAAGAUAUGACAGACAUGACAAGUCAUUAAAAAAAUUAAAUAAGUUACUCUUCGUGUAAACUUCACCCUUGAGAUAUGCAAUGGAAAAAGUCCCUUUUAGUCCCUCAAACUAUUUUGUGUCCUAACCCCCUGAAUAUAUUUUUUGUCUCACUUAACCUCCCGAAGUACUAAAACCGGGCCACUUCACUCCCGAAUGAAGUUUGUCUUUUUUUGUUUCUCCUUACCUUUUUUUGUUUCUCCUUACACAAGUCUUGUGUUUUAAGUUGAAAUUUUGUAGGAUCAGAGAUGACAUCAUACUCUAUAUUGCAAAAUAUUUUAAGAAUUUUAUAUGAUGGUAGAUCGCAUUGAGUGUCUUCACUUUCCUUUAGAAUCUCAAGUUGAUUCGACGCCCUAAUUAAAUGGGUUAACAUGAUUGAUCCUACCAAAGGUUUGCACCUGAUAAUGAGGUAUUCAUAAAUAUGUAUGAUGAUUUGAUUAUUGUAAUACCAUGCCGCUCAUUGUUGUUUUUUCCACAAACUUAGUUGUUCAUGCACUGGAGAUGUCAUGUCCAGCCCAAUAGGGCCGUUCUACUGUAGCGUUCAGCAGGCCUUUUAGUCCAUCAGUCUAUCCUUAGUUUAUUAGUGGCUUGGAUAUCAAGUUAGAUUAGUUAGAGAUAAGAUCUAUUAGUCAGUCUUAAAGAUAAAAUUUGUUAGGGCCGGCUCCUAUAUAAAGGAGGGCACAACAUCUAUUUUAAUUAAGCAAGAAAUAUAUCAAGGUUCCUAGAAUCUAUCCAUCCCUGCCUUUGUGGUGCGGCUGCUACUUGGGUUCAAGGCCAUCUAAAGUAUGCCCAUGGCAGGAGAUCUGCAUUUAUGUUUUGCUCAUCUCAUUGUGUAAUUAGAUGAUAUCUUGGCAUGAUAUAAUAGCUCACGCUCAAGUCAACUGUUGAGAAAAAUAACCAGUGGAAUCAAGAGAAAUAGCUGCAUCUAAUUUCAGGUCAAAAACCUGUUUAGUGAUUAUACAUAUAAUCUUAAGCGGCAUCGAAGAAAUAUUUACUUUUGUAUAGUGACCGUCAAUUGUCUGGUCCUUUCAUACAUGUUUUUCUAGAAUGAAAAAUUAUUAUAUUAUGUUUGUAUAAACUAUGUUUGAUUGUCGUCCUUUUUUACUGACAGGUUGAUGUGUUAAGUCCCAUGGUCUGCGAAUCUUUUACAAUGUGGGAUCUUGCUUUUGAUAGGGAAUGAGCAGUGACAAGGACAUGCCUUGAUGUCGCUGUUGUAUUUAACUGCAGCGUUGUUCUCCUUGUUACUUUGUAACAGUAGAAAAGGAGCCAGCUGCAUCGUCUUUUCCUUAUUUAUGAAUACCUCAUUACAGGUAUCUUGCACCUACCUGCAUUUUAACUGUAUGUGUAAGGCAUGUAGCUUGAAAUGACCUUGAGCUGUACAAAUCAUGCAUGAUGCAAUACAGCUUUGCUCUGUUCAGAUA